AAUAUAAUAUAUAAUUGAGAAAAUAUUAGAAAAAUAAAACGAAAAAGAAAACCCGGCGAACGAGUUGUCCAGCGGAAUCGGAUUAUUCUGCGAACCGAAAUCCAGUGUGCUACACAGCCCGCUGAGCCGCCGAAGGUCGAAUUUCUAGCGACUGGAGCGAGUCGUCCACUUCAAUUGGAGAGAGAGAGAGAGAAGUCGUGAGAUGGAAGUAGGCGACAACAAAGGAGACAGCAUGGUGGAGUCCCCAACCCAUUCUCAGCAAACUAUAUCUGAUGAUGAUGAAAUAGACUACUCUGUGAAACCAGAGUUCUAUGAUCCCGAUCUUGAUGACAAAGAUGAAGCAUGGGUUCACAAGAGAAGAAAAGGUCGCAGCUCUGAUGCUGUUCUUAGCUGCCCAGCUUGCUUUACAACUCUGUGCCUUGAGUCCCAAAGGCAUGAAAAGUAUGUCACCCAGUACAGGGCUGUAUUUGUGAUGAACUGCAAGGUUAAUAGUGACCAAGUAUUUGCAGAGAAACAUUCCAAACCGAGAAAAGGCAAAAGAGGGAGGACAUCUGGUGAGAGUGAAUCAGGCUUUUCCGGGUCUGAAACAUUGCAUAAAGUAAGCUGCUCUGCUUGCUCUACAGAGGUUGGCAUCAUUGAUCAAGAUGAGGUUUAUCAUUUCUUCAAUGUUCUUCCAAACGGCUUCAAUGCUGAAACUGCAGGGGGAUGCAUACAAAAGCGCACAGCUCCGAAGUCCUAACCCCGAAAGAGAGAUCAAAUGAACAGUCUGUGCUGAAUUCUUAUUCCUCAGAUAUCGUUUCAAAUUUAGAAUCUAAAACUAGGUGGGUUUGAUUUUGUUAUUGCGUCUAAAGUAUAGAUUCUUAUAGGAAUUGACAAAUAUGUAAUGUCGACCUCACCUUCCAAAUCAGUGUCAAAAUUAAGAGAUUAUUGAAUUUUUUGAUAAUUACUAAACUAUAGUUAGGAAAAUAAUAGAAAUGGUCGUGCAACCAGUUUAAGUUGUAUAUUUGGAGAAGCCAAGGAAAGAUAAUGUGGGAAUUGUUUUGAAGUGGAAAGUUACAAGA